AUGGCGCCCAAGGUCCAAUCACCCAAUGCUGCUGUCGCCUUUGGAACCACGGCCUACGCCUUGAAAAUCCGGCCAUAUUGGCUUGCGAAGAUUCUCCAAGGUGAGAAGCGCAUUGAAAUCCGCGGUGGCCGCUGCCCUCACCCAGAGCGGAUCACGCUCAUGCAAACCGGAAGCUUGCUCCUGCGAGCAAGAGCAACCGUCACCGAGUCGCACCUCAUGACGGACGCAGAGCUUCUCGCGAACCAGGAAGCAGUUUCCGACUUGGAUUACAAGGAAUACUGGGCGUGGACACUGACUGAGGUCGAAGUCCUUGACCCACCUAUACCCGUCCCCUCCAUCGUGGCGCGAGGCUCCGUCAUUUGGAUGCUACGUACUCGUUGGGAGGCCUGGGACGCAGGACACUUGGGACUGCAGCCCAAGAUCUCAGACUUCUUCGGCCAAGACAGCUCUGCUUCUUCAUCCACCUCUUUGCACUCGCGAACUCGCUCUCGCUCGCGUGCGGCGGCCAACCCUGAUGCAGCGGCCGACAACUGA